CUACAUGUCUUUGGUGAAAAUAACCCAAAUUAGGAUGUAUUUUUUAGUUUGUAGGAAAGUUAUAGCGUUCACAAACUAUGGUAUAAAUCUGAAUAUUGAUCAAUCCUGAAGUACUGACAGCCAAUCUAAUUUCUUGAGGUCCAAGAAUGUCAGAACAGUACAGAUAUCCCCCAAAUGACCCCUUUUUGCAGAGUAGACUUCCUGAAUGACAUCGAUUCAUUCAGGGUUUUUUUUUUUUUUUUUUUUUUUGU